GCAUCAGGAGCCUGGACAGGUGGGCUGCUGUCCAAGAACAAUGACACAGUUAGAGGAGUGUCGGUGGACAGUGGCAGCUGGACCUGACUGAGAUCAUGGAGGACAGACACCAAGAUCGGCAGAGAGAGAAAGGAGUCUGCGGUGUUGCUGUGGGCUACCCUCUGGAUACAGUGAAGGUCAGAAUCCAGACGGAGGCCAAAUACGCAGGCAUCUGGCACUGCAUCCGGGACACGUAUCGUCAAGAGCGGGUGUGGGGCUUCUACAGGGGCCUCUCACUGCCCGUGUGCACAGUGUCCCUGGUGUCGUCUGUAUCUUUUGGUACCUACCACCACUGCCUGGCUCACAUCUGCCGCUUCCGGUACGGCAGCACGGACGCCAAGCCCACCAAGGCUGAUAUCACACUCUCAGGAUGUGCCUCUGGUCUUGUCCGGGUGUUCCUGACGUCACCCACUGAGGUGGCCAAAGUCCGCCUGCAGACACAGACCCAAGCUCAGACACAGCAGCGGCGGUCCUCGGCCUCCUGGACAUCUGGGGCUCCCGCUUUGUGUCCCACACCCACUGCUUGCUUGGAGCCCAGGCCUAAGUACAGUGGGCCACUGCACUGUUUAGUCACAGUGGCUCGAGAGGAGGGGCUUCGGGGACUCUACAAGGGCAGCUCGGCUCUGCUCCUUCGUGAGGGUCACUCCUUUGCCACCUACUUUCUCUCCUAUGCUAUGCUCUGCGAGUGGCUCACCCCUGCUGGCCAUAGUCAGCCAGAUGUCUUAGGUGUGUUGGUGGCUGGAGGCUGCGCUGGGGUCCUGGCCUGGGCCGUGGCCACCCCCAUGGAUGUGAUCAAGUCACGCCUGCAGGCGGAUGGGCAGGGCCAGCAUCGCUACCGGGGCCUCCUGCACUGUGUGGUGACCAGUGUACGGGAGGAGGGUCCCAGGGUGCUCUUCAAGGGACUGGCACUCAACUGCUGUCGUGCCUUUCCUGUUAACAUGGUGGUCUUUGUGGCGUAUGAGGCUGUGCUGAGGCUCACGCAGAGCCUGCUCACAUAGGCACCAGUCAGCAACAUCCACGUCACACAGCAGCCGGAGGCAAAGGGGAGAACGGGUAGGCUCAGGAGCCCACGGGGCUGUCACCAGAGCAGCAGAGGACCUUCUGUGCUGUGACUGAGGGGAGGCCUGAGCUCGGACAGCCCAGCUGCUGACCACAAAAUCAGGGAGUUGAUCUGCCAUCUGCUUGGGGGUCAUGAGUCAGGAUUGUGUGGGUCUGCUUGAUGAGGACAUGUGUCACUUGGAGUCAUUUUCACCGAACAAAGAACUGUUCAUUCCUGCUUGUACUGCCAUGCCCAUUUCAGAGCAUACCUUCACCAACCCCUCUGGGUGCUAGGCCAACCUCGAAACCCAGUUCUACUCAGCAUCCACCGAUUCACUGUCCCUUUAGAGACAGGCUAGGGACCAGACAGCAAGCUGGUUACAUCUGACUACAGGCUGGGCUGGUUCCCUGUCCUAGGCUACUCAGAGGACCGAGGAAUCGGUGCAGGGCAUCACCAUCGCAUACCCACACCACCUGUAGGUGCUGUGCUGGCCACAUGAAGAUCCUGGAACCUGGGUCAGGGGUGGCUGUUAAUAAAUGUUUCUGUGGUUGCUCA